UGUGCACGAGGGAACGCAGGCUGUCACCUCCCCUCCGUCGAGCUGUCAGUUGACAGCCACACACACGUAAAGGGCUCGGGAUUUAGCUGUUGCGGAUAGAGCUGUUAGUACUAGAUAUGUCUCGUAACGUUUUAAUAGCGACCGGGCGAAGCCAGAUACCUUCAGCGCAAUAGACAGUCAGUGAGCUCUGUGGACUGACCUCCAAUACGCAACGUGACGAGCGCUUAAACGUUGGCUAGCUGUAGCGGCUAGUGGCUUAGCUUAGCUAGCUGAUGAACGGAGCUUUUCCAGCUGCAAGGACUGCGCGGUGAAGUGCUCUCGGUGCCUCCGUAGCCGUCAUUCAUCUCACGGGCUAGCUUGCUUGCUAUCGAAGGUCAGGGAACAGUGAGGAUCGGAUUGGAGCUACCUUAAUGGUAGCAAUCUCUAUGGCGCUUUUAGACUGUAGUCUGAGCAUAAUUAGAGUACAUGCAUCAGUCUCUACGUUGUGAUCGUUACCUCCAUAGGGGGUUCUCGGUGUGAUUAAAAAAAAUCGGUAAUAUUUUGCAUCCCGGUGAUUAGCUGUGUGGCUAUCUGCCUUGGCUAACGGCCACUCGGAGGGUGGCUCGGCUGCUGAGAGCCAGGAGACAAGUCUAGGAAGGAAGCGGUGACUUGUGAUGUGGGCUGGAAUGAAGGAGCGAGCUGUUCAGCGAACGUAGAAAGGGCAGUAUUAGCCGAAGUAGAUUGGAUUCUAGUUUGUCUAGAUAGGGGCAUAGCACCAGUGAGGAAAGGUCGGAUUAAUCACAAAUCAGGACGCUUGUAAUAGCUAGUUGGCUGAAUGAAUAGUGUCUCUAUUCGUUGAGACGGGAGCUGGUGGUAGAAAGAGAAAAAGUAACGCAACGAUAUUCUAUACGGGCUCAUAAGCACACAUUUUACUGCUCUGAAAGAUGGCUUCGGCGAGUGCUAUUGUCGCAUCUAUUGCGAGUAAAACGAAGACAAAGAAGAAACACUUCGUUGCCCAAAAAGUGAAGCUUUUUCGUGCCAGCGACCCUCUGCUCAGCGUGGUGAUGUGGGGAGUCAACCAUUCGAUAAACGAGCUAAGCCAUGUCCAGAUUCCUAUCAUGCUCAUGCCAGAUGACUUCAAGGCCUACUCCAAGAUUAAAGUGGACAACCACCUCUUCAACAAGGAAAACAUGCCAAGCCAUUUUAAGUUCAAGGAGUACUGCCCUCUGGUGUUCCGCAAUCUGCGCGAAAGGUUUGGCAUCGACGAUCAGGACUUUCAGAACUCUCUGACGCGGAGCGCGCCACUGAACAGCGAGUCCCAAGGGCGGAGCGGCGCCCGCUUCCACACCUCCUACGACAAGCGCUACGUCAUCAAGACCAUCACCGGCGAGGACGUGGCCGAAAUGCACAACAUCCUCAAGAAGUACCACCAGUUCAUCGUGGAGUGUCAUGGCAACACGCUGCUGCCUCAGUUCCUGGGGAUGUACCGGCUGACGGUGGACGGCGACGAGACGUACAUGAUCGUCACGCGCAACGUCUUCUCGCACCGCCUCUCCGUCUACAAGAAGUACGACCUGAAGGGUUCUACUGUUGCAAGAGAAGCCAGCGAUAAGGAGAAGCAGCCGCGCCCCCCAGAGGACGUGCCCCCGCGGCCCAAAUCUGGCAACGUUCAGCAAAGGCUGCAAACACUGCGGAUUGCCACGCGCUUUUACUGCGCAAUGAAACACGUAAGAGAUGCCAAGGAGCUGCCCACCUACAAGGACAACGACUUCAUCAACGACGGGCAGAAGAUCCACAUCGACGACGAGAACAAGAAGCUGUUCAUGGAGAAGCUGAGGAAAGACGUGGAGUUCCUGGCCCUGCUCAAGCUGAUGGACUACAGCCUGCUGGUGGGAAUCCACGACGUGGAGCGGGCCGAGCAGGAGGAGGUGGAGAGCGAGGACAACGAGGGCGAGGACGACGGCGAGAGCGACGGCGGGGUGGGCACGCCGCCCGACAGCCCCAGCAACACGCUGGACAGCGCCAAGCCGCUGUCGCCCGGCGAGUUCGACCCCACCAUCGACGUCUACGCAAUCAAGAGCAACGACGGCGCCCCCCGGAAGGAGGUGUACUUCAUGGCCGUCAUAGACAUCUUGCAGCACUACGACGCCAAGAAGAAGGCUGCGCACGCCGCCAAGACCGUCAAACACGGGGCCGGAGCGGAGAUCUCCACGGUGAACCCGGAGCAGUACUCCAAGAGGUUCCACGACUUCAUCACCACCAUCCUGUCGUAGCCCCCAGGAGUCACGCUGGAGGAAAGGGGGACGGGAGGGUGGGCGGGGGGGGGGGGGGACAGGGGCGUCCAAGGUGGGGGGAGAGAAAAGAGGCCAGUGGAGUUUGAGAAGGGGGGUGGGGGGUGGAUAUGAGGGUGGGCGUGGCCCAACCAAGAGUCUGCGGAGAUAUGCAAGUGUUGCGAUGGCCUGGUGUUGUCUCUCUCUCCGCCUCAGGCCUCCCCCUCGUCCCCCCGUCCCCCCACUUGAAGCGGGGCGCGGUGUUGCUCUGCAGCUAAGAACCAUCAUUCGUUUACAUUGAACCUCUCCUCGGUUAUCGUUGUUGUCGUGUUCUGUUUACGUCGGACCAUGCAGUUUUGUGGAAAACGGUCAAUGUCAUAAUUUUUUUUUAUGACUAUAUUUAGGUAUUUGUUUUGUUCGUUUCUCUCAUACCAUUCGUUUUCGGGAACGAAGCUUUUGGAUUUUUUUUUUGCUACCGUCUCCGCAGCGAUGUGUCUCGCGUCCUGCGUUCAUUGUUUUGUUUUUGUUCAUACGUUUUGACUUGUUGUUUUUAUUUCGUUUUUUCAUGUUUCCCUUUUUGAUGUGAGAGGUUACGAGUGGGACGUUGUGUGCUUUUGUUUGAGGUCAAUGCUAGAGGUCAGAGGUCGAACUCACAGCACAGCUUGAAACCAUUCGAUUUGGUUUUGGGGAGGAAAAAAAAAUGCAGACUUUGAGCGGCGAGUCGUUGAGCCUCGUCCAAUGCAAUCGCUUCGCUUCAGGAAGUAGGAGGCAGUCUUCCAAAAGGCCAACAGCCAAAACUUCCCCCACCGGAUUUUAAUUGUUUCCCCCCGUUGUUUCAAGCCCUCCACUUAACUCAUCUUAUCUCUCAAUCGGGCUCCUGCAUCCGUCAGUCAUCUUUUAACCCCGCCCCCGUUGCGGUCGUUCUUGCUGGUCGCUUUCUGUCGUCCUUACUGGUUUAAAAGGUAUUAAACUUGUGGAAGAAGCUUUAUUUCUUUUUAUCACACAAGAGUUGUCUCAGCGAUUCACAAUACACUCUGUGCACCCGGGCCAGUACAGGUCCGGUGUAGACGCCUGUGGUCAGCGCGUCGUGCGUCUCCGAUGUUUGCGAUUGGCCCACCUAUGUUGCGCUCUUCUUGUAGCGCUAUGGAUGAAGAAGGGAAGUCUGGGCUGGUCAAACUUCCAUAGAGGGAGGGGGAGCGAAAGGACCGACUGCCCUGGUCCAAUGCGUUUUUGGACUUAAGUCCCGAGCCACAGGCACCAAACUGGGUCAACAGGCGGCUGUGGUUGAUGAUAACAAACCCCUGACUGCUGUAAUUCCCCGUUCUUUUUUAAAUUGGGUUUUCCCAUUGGAAAUCCCCCCCCCCCCCCCCCCCAUCGCCCCUAAAGUUCUCCCCCGUUGCCAUCAGCACCUUACUAACUCCUAAUCACAGAAUAAAUAAGUAAAUGUUGCACUUUUAUUUGCUCAUUUGUUAUUCCCUCUUUCUCUGUUACAUGCACAACAUAAAGCACUGUCCCUAGAGAUCCAAUACACCCCGCCCUCUUAUCUAGUCGCGCUCCCUGGAUGUCAGAAGGGAUUGACUCAAAAUAAAUAAAGGAACCGUUCCAAUAAUAAUUGCACCUUCGCACCUAUCUGACCGAGUGUUAUUAUGAGUGUCCGGUUGGGGGGGUCACAUCGUGUGUGUGUGUGUGUGUGUGUGUGUGUGUGUGUGUGUGUGUGUGUGUGUGUGUGUGUGUGUGUGUGUGUGUGUGUGUGUGUGUGUGUGUGUGUUCCAACAGAAGACAAAAUGAGCGGGAUUUGUGGGGGUGGGGGGGGGUGGGGAGCUGUGUGGGUGGGGUCAGCAGCCGCGGGUUAUAUAGUUAGUGUUGUUCUGAGUACUUAUGGUCCCGUCCGGCCAGUGGAUCAGCUCUGGAGCCUGGUGGAUGCGCGUGCUAACCCCCUUGUGUUGUUUGUGUUUUUGCUGUUGUGGUUGUUACUGUGGACGUUGAUGAACGGUGGUUUUAUCUGUGUUUGGAUCUGGGUGGAUUUAUAAUGUAUCAAUGUCUCAAUUUCUGUUUGUUUGUUUUGAAUGUCUUUCUUUUUCUUAUUCGGUUUGGUUGAAUUGUUUUUUUUUGUAUAUUUUGCACAAGAGGAAAGGAACCAAAUGUUAUGCAUAUGAUCCCAAUUAGUUGAUGUGGUCUUAACAAGGGAAAUGCAAUAUUAUAUGUGUAUGUACGUGACAAGACUGUGCGUGCGAUGUUGUUCAACAGUUAUGGUUAACCGACUAAAACAGAAAAAUCCCCCCAAAAAAAAAUUGUACCAUCGUUCUUCUUCUUAACCCAUGCAAAAAGUUAUAUUCACAUUUAUAUUUUUACAUUGCAUUUAAGUCGUGAAAUAUAGUUGUAUAAAAUUAAAAAAGCGAUAAACCCUUCCCUGCCCUCUAGAGAGUGUGUGUGUGUGUGUGUGUGUGUGUGUGUGUGUGUGUGUGUGUGUGUGUGUGUGUGUGUGUGUGUGUGUGUGUGUGUGUGUGUGUGUGUGUGUGUGUGUGGUCCUGUGUUGAAUGAAGAAUGACACUGCUUGAAUUUGUACAAAGCUUACUAUAAUAUAAACAUGUACUGUAACAAAGGAAAAAGAAGGCAAAAAAAAUAUGCAUGUCGCAGGACUGAGUUUCAAUUCGUUCUCCUUCUGUGCUCUUGUGUGUGUCGUCUCGCGGCUCCAUGUCCACGGUUUGAUGUCCGCGUCCCUCUCCCCCACUCUCUCGACCUGUCUGCUCUCUGAUGUAAACAGUGUGCUCCAUGCACCAUGCUUCACUAUACCUGUUGUUUUCAUUAUAUACACUGUGCAAGAGGUGUGCCUUUUUAUUCUGAAAAUUAUUUAAUUUUGUAUUUUGUAAUCUUUUUGUUCAUUCUUUUUUUCUUUUGUUCGUUCCUAUCUUUUGUUUUUAGCAAAAGGUAAACAGAUUAUUUUAAUAUUUUGAGGGUCUUUUAUUUUUUGUUUUUUCAUUGUUUAUUGUAGGCUUUUUAUUUUCAUCUCUGCCACCUCCUUCGCCACCAAAAAGCUAAAGUGUUAUCGUUCCAUGGGAAAGUUCAUUAAACCACUCAUGCCAAGACCACACUUAGCCAUGGUGUUUUUCAACUCAACCUGUUGGCUUGAUUUUCUUUCUCCAAGUGAACCCUUUGCUCCAGUUCUAUUCUUUCUACCCAUUAAGGUAGGCUACAUUCACAUGUCCUAUGCUCUCGAGAACUACCAGCAAAGCUGCAAUUAAAUUCUUAGAAGGUGGAGGAGUGCAUGCUGGGAGAUGGAGUAUCUGAAAUGCAUUAAUCCUAUGCCUAACGUCAUGGAUAGUCCACAUUCUGGUUGCAUAAACAGACACGGCACGCAACUCGUCAGAGUUUAAGAUGCUUUGCCAUUGCUUACGUCUUGUCUUCUAUCAUGUCCAACUACUCUCUCCCUAUCUGCUUCUUUUUUCUUUUUUUUUACCCUCAAAACAUUUAGCUUUUCAUUUGAUUUACAUUCACUUUGCCAAAAGUAUUGUGUUGAGCAGUGGAGACUGCCCCAUUCGCGCUUCAGGGUAUCCAAGCUUCAGGAGCUGUGUAGUGUAAAGUGGUUCUGCGCUCCAUGUUAAUGGGAUGCUUUGGUUUAACUAACUCAAAUGAACAUGUGGGAAGUUCUGAGCUAUGUGAAACACGCCUUGUGUCAUCUACAUGUGGUUUUAUGAAGUGUAAAGGGAAACAUGUUAUUAUUAUUAUUAUAUCAAGGUAACGACUGAAAACUCGUUUGCUAUUGGAAACAUUUGCAGGGUGGCAGAAAUGGACCUCGGUCUGAUCAUGGCCACAGUUUAAAAUAAAAAGACGUGUGUGUGUUGUGUCUGACAACGACCACUGGGGCUCAUCGUUUCCCAUCCCCCGCCAAACCCACCAGCCCUUCCUUUUGAGGGAGAGAGGCCAACCGCUGUUGUGUUGUGUUUGUUGUUCUACACCUAUAAUGACUAUGAUAUCCAUAAUAAUACACUCCCAUUUCAUCAGCAUUCACUAAAACCAAUUAAAGCACUUGGUCUGAUAA